UCUUGAUUGUUGUAUCGACAGAACCCUGGAACGCAUCGAAAUCCACAAACAAAAGGAAUAAACGGAAGCCCUCGACUUGAACAUUGAGCAACGGGUUUUUAUCAAUACAAUCAAUUAUACUGAACAGCGAACGUAUAUGGUGGAGUGCCCGCUAUGACUUCCAACAACCCGAGCACAGGCCACAAUGGACGGUCGAACAGAGGGUCCAACAUGAACUCAGCAAAUGUGGGUAGCGAUAGGUCACGACCCUCUCACGGAAGCAUGGGGAAAGGGUUCGGUAGUAGCAAUGGACAUUGGAACACUAACAUCUGGGGAAGAGGAGCCGAUCAACAAUCCAACUCGGAAAUUGCCUUCGAAGGCAAAGCUGGUUCAAGCUCCUUGUUGUCGUCAUCAGAAUCCGACGGCUGGAACAGUCGACCCAAUCUCCCUUGGAGCACGAUCAAUACAUCAGGCAGCGCGCUGUCGAGGGGACCCAACAGCAGCAUGACCACGUCGCCUGUCCAAACUCGUACUAAUGACCGCAGCGCUGCCUCUUUAUCCGAGGCAGCAGAGGCAUCUUCGUAUUUUUCACUCCCAACGAAAUCGGCAAUCAGCGGCUCUUCAGGUAGCGCAGCUCACCAGCCUUAUUUCAAUGGGAGGGCCGAAGGCAUUUCUCCUUCUAACGAUGGUAUCUCGCUUGCAAACUUCGGCGGAUUUCGCAACAAUGAUAACAGAAGGCAUGCCAAUACGGCUACAUUUGGGAGCAGUCCGGUGGGUUCGGGCUUCCCAAUCAAGCCCGGAUUUCCGAAUCUCGACAAUAGCAGAGCGGAAGAGGUGUCUUCGUCAAUGGCUAUGUCAGGCUUUCCUCAAGCUCUCCCUGACUUCAUGCCACAGCACGUUAGCCGUAAUUCUUAUGCGCAUGUCUCGCACAAUUCUGCAUCUUUCGCGCCGCAAAGACCAGCCCACUCGUCCUACCCAUCUUUCCACUCCGAGACGCAGGGUUUCGAGGGCAGAUCGGGGUCUGUGGACAUCAAUUCUAGUCUUGGCAAAUUACAACUGAACGAGGGGAGCAUUUCCGCGCAGCCGAACAGCCGCCCCGGUUUCAUGUCGCAUCAAUCCUACGACAACGCCAUCCACCGUCUGAAUUACCAGGGCGCUAGUGAUGAGUUCACCUACCAGAUUGCUUCUGGCUACGGCAGCGAGAACGUGACCGCAGACUUGCCACUUGCCUAUCAAACCGCUAGGUCUCGUGUGGCGGAGGGUAAUACUAUCUCACCGGUUGAGUUUAACCGCAUGGAAAGCCCCUUCUAUGGACAUGAGAAUGGUGCUCAUUACCGAAACUCUUCCACGGGUCCGCUGUCAGAAAGCCAGGCCGCACUGUUGAGCAAGAUCCGGGCCGAUCAGGAGCUGGCCCAACAGUCCGCCAAUUCCCUGCAGCGUGUCGCUUUUGGUCCUGGCUACGACCUCAACGUCGGGUAUCAAACAGCUCAGAGGUUGAAUGGCAUGUCUGGGUUCUAUCAUCCUGCCGCCCACCUUGGCGCAGCUGCUCUCGUUCAGAGGGGACAUCGUGAGGACCCCUCUUCGCAGGUCGUUCGGAGCGCUGUUCUGGAAGAUUUCAGAGCAAACAGCAAGGGCAACAAACGUUAUGAGCUAAAGGAUAUAUACGGCCAUAUAGUUGAAUUUAGCGGUGACCAGCACGGGUCGCGCUUCAUCCAGCAGAAGCUUGAGACUGCAAACAGUGAUGAGAAGGAGCAGGUCUUCCGGGAAAUCCAGUCGAACAGCUUGCAGCUCAUGACUGAUGUGUUUGGUAAUUACGUGGUCCAGAAGCUCUUCGAGCACGGCAAUCAGACUCAGAAAAAAAUUCUCGCCAAUCAAAUGAAGGGGCAUAUUUUGUCUCUUUCCACGCAGAUGUAUGGGUGCCGGGUAGUACAAAAGGCUCUCGAGCAUAUUUUGACCGAUCAACAAGCGUCCAUGGUCAAAGAGCUGGAAAACCAUGUCCUUCGGUGCGUGCGGGACCAGAACGGCAAUCAUGUUAUUCAGAAGGCAAUUGAAAGAGUCCCCUCUGAAUAUGUUCAAUUCAUCAUCAAUGCCUUCAAGGGGCAGGUCGAUAAAUUGGCCGCCCAUCCGUACGGCUGCCGUGUCAUCCAGCGUAUGCUGGAGCAUUGUGAGGAAGAGGACCGCGAGUCGAUCCUUGCUGAAUUGCACGCUUGCACGGCCAAACUUAUUCCUGAUCAGUUUGGUAAUUAUGUGAUUCAGCAUGUCAUUGAGAAUGGCGAAGAGAAAGAUCGGUCGCGCAUGAUCAACGUUGUCAUCUCCCACUUGCUCACCUAUUCGAAGCACAAGUUUGCCAGCAACGUUGUGGAAAAGAGUAUCGAGUUUGGUGAAGAAUCUCAACGUCGACAGAUCAUCAAUACUCUCACCGCCUUCGAGAAGGGUGACACUGCCCUGAUCGCCAUGAUGCGUGACCAGUACGGAAACUAUGUCAUUCAGAAGGUUCUCGGUCAGCUUCAAGACUCGUCUGAGGAGAAAUAUGCCCUUUCAGUGCGCAUUCAGUCGUCACUCGAUCAGAUAAAAAGGUUCAGUUACGGCAAGCAAAUUAUCGCGAUCGAAAAGCUGAUCGCUGGUACAAACCCCACUUCCGGUGGUCCUGUUCCUCAACCUGCCACAUCCACUACUCCACCAAAUUCUCAUAAAUCUUCUCCUCAACCGUCGAAGCGCGCAGUCAAUGGCGUCGAAAGCGGUCGGGCCCCCGUUGUCGGAGCAGCGCCUCCCACACCCCCUCCUACUGACAGCCAAAGCGGCGCAGAUAGCUCUUCCGAAUAUAAGACUAUCACCAAAACGACCGUGACCCCUUUGGCUGAGUCGGAAUCAGCCGAGGCGGACUCUAGCGCCUCCGCUGAAGUUUCUGGUGCGACAUAGGAUUGCAACGACUUCAUACCUAUCAUUGCUUUCUCUGACAUAUAGCUUUAUUCUUCCGAUGUUCUGAGUUCUUCCACAUUAUUAUUGAACGGGGCGUAUACAUACUGGGCCCUGAAGGAUGGACUGCUCCUCACCUUCCC